GUUAAUAUCCAGGAUGGUUAUGUAGGCACGUGUAAUAUCUUCCUUAAAAGUUGCCACUAGCCUGUGAAUUGCAUUUCAAGCCAGUUUUCACUUGGAGUAAAGUUAAGUCUUAAAUAUUAAGCAGAGUAAUUUCUUUCAGUGUUGUAAGUGGUGCUGCACAGAAUGAUGGAAUUCUCAAGCAUAACCCGAGAUGGUUCCAGGGUUCCACUGACACUGAUCAACUUUCAGUAGAAAGAACACUUUCUACUGAUAGUGGGGAAAACGGCCGGGUGGCCUCCCUGCGUUGACCUCACUGUUCACAUCUUUGGUCCGAGAGUUACCAAAACAUGCCAGUUACUCACUUUUUCACUUAGGACUCACAAGUGAUGCAAAGUAUGGAGAUGAAUAAAUAUUCUUGGGAAGGUAUGAAGCUUGAUGAAGUAAAAAUUUGCCAGUGUUAUAAGCAAAAAAGUUGUUUCAUUUUGUCUUUUUUUCUCCUGUAGGCGAAAAAUUUUUGGGCUCACUGCUGACUCACUGAAGAAAUCAUAUAAGCCUGGCAUGUUAUUAGAAAUCCUUAGCGUGUUAGGUCUUUAAAAUACUGACAUAGAUAUGAAGAAUAAAUUGAACUGAGUAGUCAGAGAUACUAGAGGUAUUUACCUCCUUUAUUUAAAGGUUAAUGAGAGAAUCCUACUGGAACAUUUUAGAAUUAAACUAGAAAAAAUUUAAAUUGUUUCUAUAGUAAAAAAGUGUACUUUGGGGAGUUUGAAGAGGGUCUCCCUUGCAGUUACUUUAACUUGCCUGAAGUCCUCUCAGACAGAUACUCAAAUGUUGGAGUCCCUGCUUCUCCGCAGUGAAAAAAGGGUCUUGAGUCUUUGAAUUCCAGAACGGCUCAUCUUUCCUUUGUAUAUCUGGGGUGGGGGGCGGGACGCUCCUCACGGUGCAGUUUUUAGAUCUGUGUGGCUGAUGGCAUGUGGGCACCUGACAGCUCUGUCUCAUUCAUGCUUCACUCACUCGGGAUGUAGGACUGUUGCCCUCAUGCUCCACGGCUGUUCCGCAGUCCCCCGGUAGCUCCACACCCUUCACACCUUUCAGCUUUACUGGUAAGUCACUGUCUUUUCCUUCCCACGUAGAGCUCUAAGAUGGCAUUUGAAUAUUCUGGGGGAGAAAAGCGGUUGCUUUUUGUUCCUGUUUUCCUCCUGCAGUGAAUGAACCAGGGCAGGGGCUCCAGCAGGGAAGAGGGGAGUUUAACAGGUGGGGUGCAGCUCUCCUCCUGGUCUCAGCCCUGCACUCCUCGCGCUUUUCCUUUACUCAGGCCAAACUUUCACUCAGAGGUCAAGUGGAGUCAAGAAGUCUAAAGAAGUUUUGCCUGGGCUUUAAAGAGGAGACUCCAUAGCAGUAAAGUAAGUUCAAGGUUAGAAAUCUGAAACAAUGGGUGACUGGAGCUUUCUGGGGAGACUGUUAGAGAACGCGCAGGAGCACUCCACGGUUAUUGGCAAGGUUUGGCUGACGGUACUGUUUAUCUUCAGGAUCCUGGUGCUGGGGGCUGCUGCUGAGGAGGUCUGGGGAGACGAGCAGUCGGACUUUACAUGCAACACUCAGCAACCUGGUUGUGAAAAUGUUUGCUAUGACAAAGCCUUCCCCAUUUCUCACAUCCGCUUCUGGGUGCUGCAGAUCAUUUUUGUCUCCACUCCAACCCUCAUCUACCUGGGCCAUGUCCUGCACAUUGUACGCAUGGAGGAGAAGAGGAAAGAGAAAGAGGAGCUGAAAAAGAAGGGAAGCAGCAAAGAUGGCAACUACCCAGUAGCAGCAGCAUCUGGCAGCGGUGGUGGAGGAGGCAGCAAUAAUGUCAAAGAUCAAUCUAUUGUCAAAAGGGGGAAGGAGAAGCUCCCAAUCCGUGAUGAACGUGGCAGAAUCCGUAUGGGGGGUGCCUUGCUCCGUACCUAUGUCUUCAAUAUCAUAUUCAAGACACUGUUCGAGGUGGGCUUCAUUGUGGGCCAGUACUUCCUAUAUGGCUUUGAGCUAAAGCCGGUCUACCAGUGCAGCCGCUCACCUUGUCCACACACUGUGGACUGCUUCAUCUCAAGGCCCACUGAGAAGACAAUCUUCAUCAUCUUCAUGUUGGUGGUGGCCUCAGUCUCCCUGCUGCUGAACAUGCUUGAGAUAUAUCACUUGGGGUGGAAGAAGCUUAAGCAGGGCAUGACGAGCCAGUACAUCCUAGAGAUGCCUGUCGCAACGAUGACACCAGUCAUGGUAACAGGGGAGUCCAAACCUGUUUCUCUGCCGCCACCAGCACCACCUGUGGUGGUCACGACUGCCACGCCAGCCCCUGUUUUGCCUGACACCCGUGCUGUCACACCGCUGCUGGCCCCAGUGACCAUGGCAUCAUACUAUGCUACAGCUGCUCCGAGACCACGGCCCCCCUCCAACACGACGUCCAUGGCAAGCUACCCUGCUGCUCCACAAGUUCCUGAGGAGAGGCACCGUGCUGUGACUCCCACGCCCAUCUCCACUCCCGUCACCAUUCCGACCCCCAUCCCCACGCCCACGCCAGCCGUCAUCAACUACUUCAACAGCAGCAGCCGUGCCCUGACAUCCGAGCAGAACUGGGUCAACAUGGCAGCUGAGCAUCAGGGGAAGGUUUCCUCCAGCUCAGCGGGCUCCUCUACCCCCAGCAGCGUCCGGCAUCCCCUUCCCGAGCAGGAAGAGCCACUGGAGCAGCUACUCCCACCCCCGGCCGUGCUGCCCAUUGCCGCAGCCAACAGCGGCAGCAGCACCAGCCUGAGCGGGGUGAGCGGCAGCAAGUGGGAUGUGGAGGGCGAGGUGGAGCUGUCGGGGGCACGGCCCGUCUCGGCGGCCUGCACCACGGUGGAGAUGCACGAGCCACCGCUGCUCGUAGACACGCGGCGCCUGAGCAGGGCCAGUAAGUCGAGCAGCUGCAGAGCCCGGUCAGACGACCUGGCCGUGUAAGGCGGUCACCCCUGCUCGGGGGAGCAGGUGCUGGAAGGCGGAAUGGGCAGGGGAGCUGCCUGGGGAGGCCAGGCCUGGCGUGGGUGAGGAGGCCUGGGCUUCAAACUUAGACGCUUGCUGUUUUUGCACUCUGUGAGUUGUAGUGGGGAAAAUUAUCAACAUUUUCUAAUAGGUCAGGGGUGACCGAAGCGCAGCCCGUGGGCCAGGGGACCAGUCCCGCUUUCCUUCAUGUUCACAGCAGAUCCCUCAAGGGCAGCCGUAGGGGAGGCCUGCACAGAAAACAGGUGGCAAUGGUAGCUGGUCGUGUGCCCUGAGGCUUUCAUCUGAGAAAAAUGGUAAUAUCUCCGGUGCCCGUGCACCUGUUAUCUCCCUCUUGCCCUUGCUUUCACUUCAGCUCUUUCCCAGGAGCUCUACAUGAGCAGAUGCAAUGACUUACUUUCUUCCUCUGAAAUCUUACGUAGCCCUAUGGCAAACAUCAGGGUGGUAUAUUGCCUCCUGGCACCUGUUGUGUCUACGGACCAACUUGCCAUAUUAAAGGUAACUCAGUUUCUUCCAUAUAUAACAUGCCCUAUGAAGCCUUUGUGUUCAUGGCAAGUCACCGAUGCGGUCCUUGGCCAGGCAAAGUUUAGGGAACCCCUGGAAUAGAUUUUUUGAGGUUCUUCUUUCCAUAAUUUUUUUUUUUACUCUUGACCUCUUAGGAAGUGUUCAGUUUGGCCUUCUAUCCGGUGUUUGCCAACCAUGACCACACCAUGUUUAUCAGCCUGCAAAUAUGUUUGAGCAUGUUUGACUAUAAUUUUAGCUGACUUCUAAAAUUGCUUACAGGAGGACAGGAAUUCAAACCACACCUCGGAAAUUAUUACACAGAACAAUUUCUCUUCAGAAAGCAAGGAUUAUGAUUUCAAUACACUGUGGCUCCAUACAUUGCCCGUGGACAAACAAUUAGGAUAAAGUACAGCUCUGCAUUUUAGACUAUCAGAUAUCAGCAUAAGUUUGUUGGAAAAAUGCUUUUUAGAAGUGUACUUGAGUGCUUAUUUUUAGGUAUUUGAACAUUUUGAGAAUAAUCUGUAGGUUUACAGUUACUUGACUGUGUACUUAAUAAUUUUAGUUUGAUCUUUGAUCUUACAAGAAAAUGUAAGAGGAAAAAACUUACUAAUGGUGACAUUUCCAAAGCAAUAUUGUUUCUUGUUGUGUACCCUUUAACAUCAAUCUGUAGUGUCUUUACGUCAGUGAAAACAGACUUAGAUAAUACUGUAUUGCAGAAAAAGUGGCUAAAAUAUCUGGGCAAUGUGGUGGCUGAGGGGUCUAUCCUGAUUUGACUAAAGUCACUUUCAGAAUUCCAUUUAAUUUAACAAGGAGCAAGAUUUGGGAAUGGAUCUUGCAGGCCUUAUUCAAGCAAGACUAACAUUCACAUGAAGUUUUGGGAGCCAGAAGAAAUUUAGAUUUUGGGCUUUAGAAAAGACAUUGGAAUCCUGCUUUUGAAAAAUGUGUGUGUCCCUUAAAAAUGGGUGAAGGAAAGUACUAGGUUUUUUUUUUCCUAAGGUGCAUCUUUCCUUUCAACAGGCUCUGUCCUUUAUUCCCUCCUAAACAAGAUGUUAGAAUUCUGUGUGCCUUAAUAGGCUCAGGAGAGUUUCAGUACAAAAGGAAUACAGAAUUAAGCCCAGCUUCUGUUCUAAGCAAAAUCCAAAAGAACUAAAGUUUGGAGUCAGUCCUAUUGCUGCUAUAAAUGGAAUGUAUUGUAACUGGAAAAGAGCAAUCAAACACACUGGGAUAACUCUUUGCAUCUUCAAAGUGUUUGGCCUGGCAGUGCAGUCCUUACUCAGGCAAAGCAGGGUCAACCUGUAGCAAGUAGUUAACAUUACCAGUUAUUUCUGCUGUUAAAUGUUUUCCUGAGUGUGUUUAUUUUAUUCAACAGUCAAAAUAUAUUCCCACCACUCAAAAUUAAACAUUUUUGCUGCUUUCUGAGUAGUCACAAUGAGCUUCUCGUGAUCAGAAGCACUGUUCCACAACCUUUGGGCAUGUUGUCUCAUGACUUCCUUGUCCUGCUUGUGUUGAACCAGGUGAGGAGUUGUCCUUCUGCUGCCAUGGAUCUUAACGGCAGCCACUGCAUUAAAAGUUGAUGUGUAGUAGUACAAUAAAGAUAUUUAUUAUUAAGUAUUCAGCUUCAGGCAUGCUCUCAUGGAUUUUCUGUAUGAUAAGCCAUAAAAACCCAUUCUACAAGAAAACUGAAAGCCAAGUUCUGCUUUCUAUUGAAUCUGUGCAACUAUGCUAAACAUAGACUAAAGUUGAUGAAGUUGCCUAGAUGUAAACAAAGGCAGAGAUUAAGAUUCAAAAUUUUUAGAUUUACUAGCAUCUAUAGUAGCAGUUUUGUAAGUUUUGAUAAAUGCCAGCUAACUACAUUGCUGAAAUAAUGCAAUAUAUGCAUCUCUGUGUUUUAGUACAUUGGAGUUUAUGGGCUACGUUUUCCUUUGUUCUAUGCUUCUGAAGAACGAAGUCAAAGUCUUUCUGGAGUGUAUUUAUAUAAACCAGACCACCUGGAAUGUGUGCUUUUUUAUGUCACUUCCUGAGAGCAAAACUGAUGAUGUUUGAUGGGGCUCUGCAUCUUGCAGCCCUUACUUUAGUCCUACCCUCACAGAGUGUGUCCUGCAGGAUUGCAUCCAUAUUGUAUAUAAAAAAUAGUAAGAGAGAUAUAUUUAACUUAGGGUCAACUGAGACCUAGGCUGACCUUUUCAAGUUAAUGUGUGUGGUUAGACCUGCAGAACAUUCAGAUGCUUUUGUGGAAUAUAUGGUAUUUUCAGCCAGAGUAACUACUGGAAAGCUCUAAAAGAUGGUUUUUCCUGUUAGGUGAAGCU